UUUCGCGCGCCACGGGCAGUUGGAUUCGGAGAGCUAGAAGGAGUUUUUGCCUGAGUACGAGGAAUCGGAGCCUGUAUUGGGUGGGGGCGCUCUUCAAGGAGAACGGGACGAAGGAAGCAUUACCCCCCCUCCGUCUCCGUGUACGCUUCCAAGUGCCUAGGAAAAAAGAUUUUUCAGGCACACUGGAAGAUAGAUUGUGGGGGCUGUUAUUAUUAUUUUCUUAAAGCCCACCCCCUUACGCGUUUGUCGGGGAGGGAGGAGGUGGAUCACGCCGCCGCCAUCUUUGGGAUUCGUUUGCUGGAGAAGCUUAGCGCUGCGGCCUGAGCAGUUUCGCUAGGAGGAGUUUACCCACGUUAGACAUCUGUAUCCCACUGCUUUAUCCGGGGCGAAACCCUCCCAACGAGGCGCUUAGACGAGAACGACGACGACGGUUUUAUUUGCCCAGCUGUACUACACCCUGAUUUCUCCGUCACUUUUUGUUGGCUUUUCCCUCCUCCUUCUUGGAUACCUGGUUAACUUCAUAUCGUGUUAAACCUGGCCUCUGGUACGGAUAAAAUGGGAGGACAAAAUUUUUGUUGGAAGCUACGCUGCAAGAGCUGCUGAAGCAAUUUGCUAUCAUUGGGAUCCACUAGGAGUGAAUGGCAAUGCCCAUGCUGAAUAAGCCUCGCUUCUGCAGAUGAGUCAUUCAUUGGGUUGGCAGCUUAAACGCGCGUCCAGAUAGUUGGUCGGCUCUGCUCUGCUCGGUAAGGAGGAUGCCGUCCACCAACCGAGCAGGGAGCCUCAAGGACCCAGAAAUUGCAGAACUUUUCUUUAAGGAGGAUCCAGAGAAACUUUUCACAGAUCUGAGAGAAAUUGGCCAUGGCAGCUUUGGAGCAGUUUAUUUUGCACGAGAUGUUCGCACAACUGAGGUGGUGGCAAUUAAGAAAAUGUCCUACAGUGGCAAACAGUCUAAUGAGAAAUGGCAAGAUAUAAUCAAGGAAGUAAAGUUUCUGCAAAGAAUAAAGCAUCCUAACAGUAUAGAGUAUAAAGGCUGCUAUCUACGAGAACAUACAGCAUGGCUUGUUAUGGAAUACUGCUUAGGGUCUGCCUCAGACCUUCUAGAAGUUCAUAAAAAGCCUUUGCAAGAAAUUGAAAUUGCGGCAAUUACUCAUGGAGCUUUGCAGGGAUUAGCUUAUCUUCAUUCACAUAACAUGAUCCACAGAGAUAUAAAGGCUGGGAACAUACUGCUGACUGAGCCUGGUCAGGUGAAGCUUGCAGACUUUGGCUCUGCCUCCAUUGCCUCUCCUGCCAAUUCUUUUGUGGGCACUCCAUAUUGGAUGGCCCCUGAAGUUAUUCUUGCCAUGGAUGAAGGACAAUAUGAUGGAAAGGUUGAUGUGUGGUCUCUUGGAAUUACAUGCAUUGAAUUGGCGGAGCGAAAGCCUCCACUUUUCAAUAUGAAUGCAAUGAGUGCCUUAUAUCAUAUAGCGCAGAAUGAAUCCCCAGCACUGCAAUCUAAUGAAUGGUCAGAUUAUUUUCGAAAUUUUGUUGACUCUUGCCUUCAGAAAAUCCCACAGGACCGACCUACUUCAGAGGAGCUCUUAAAGCAUGCCUUUGUCCAGAGAGAGCGACCUGAAACUGUUCUGAUAGACCUUAUCCUGCGCACUAAGGAUGCAGUCCGUGAACUGGAUAACCUUCAGUAUCGCAAAAUGAAAAAGAUUCUCUUCCAGGAGGCACAUAAUGGGCCUGCUGCAGAGGCUCCAGAUGAGGAGGAGGAGCCUGAACACAAUGUGGGUCAGACAGGAACAGUUAAUAGUGUAGGAAGCAACCAAUCUAUUCCUAGUAUGUCCAUCAGUGCCAGCAGCCAGAGCAGCAGUGUCAACAGCUUGCCUGAUGCUUCAGAUGACAAAAGUGAACUCGAUAUGAUGGAGGGUGACCACACUGUGAUGUCUAACAGCUCAGUCAUCCACCUGAAACCGGAUGAAGAGAGCUACCAAGAUGAUACUGAUCCACGUGGGAGACCAUGUGAACCACAAUCUCCACCUGCACAGACUCCAAGGCACAAAUCUCAUCACAGAAACAGAGAACAUUUUGCUACUAUUCGCACCGCUUCACUGGUCACUCGCCAAAUACAGGAGCAUGAACAGGAUUCAGAGCUGCGAGAACAGAUGUCUGGAUACAAGCGUAUGAGGAGACAGCACCAAAAACACCUAAUGGCAUUAGAGAAUAAACUUAAGGCAGAAAUGGAUGAGCACAGGCUGCGAUUAGACAAGGAGCUUGAAACUCAACGCAACAACUUUGCAGCUGAAAUGGAAAAACUAGUCAAAAAGCAUCAAGCAACUAUGGAGAAAGAUGCAAAGACAUUUGCCAAUGAUGAGAAGAAAUUCCAACAGCACAUUCAGGCCCAGCAAAAGAAGGAACUGAACAGUUUUCUGGAGUCACAGAAGAGAGAGUACAAGCUUCGGAAAGAACAGUUGAAGGAGGAGCUAAAUGAGAACCAGAGUACUCCUAAAAAAGAAAAGCAGGAAUGGCUGUCUAAGCAGAAGGAGAAUCUUCAGCACUUCCAGACUGAGGAGCAAGCAAACCUGCUGCGGCGCCAACGGCAGUAUCUAGAACUUGAAAGUCGACGAUUCAAACGACGCAUACUCAUUGCCAGACACAAUGUUGAACAAGAUCUUGUUAGGGAGGAACUGAACAAGCGGCAGACACAGAAAGAUCUUGAGCAUGCCAUGUUGCUGCGACACCAUGAGUCAAUGCAGGAAUUAGAGUUCAGACACCUGAAUACCAUCCAGAAGAUGCGCUGUGAAUUAAUCCGCUUACAACAUCAAACGGAACUCACUAACCAGUUGGAGUACAAUAAGAGAAGAGAGCGAGAGCUACGGCGAAAACAUGCAAUGGAGGUCAGACAGCAACCGAAGAGCCUGAAGUCAAAGGAACUGCAGAUAAAAAAGCAGUUUCAGGACACAUGCAAAAUCCAGACCCGACAAUACAAGGCUCUUCGUAAUCACCUUCUGGAGACAACUCCUAAAAGUGACCACAAAGCUGUACUGAAGAGGUUGAAGGAGGAGCAGACUCGAAAGUUGGCCAUCCUAGCUGAGCAGUAUGAUCACAGCAUCAAUGAAAUGCUUUCGACACAAGCGCUUCGUUUAGAUGAAGCUCAAGAAGCAGAAUGUCAGGUACUGAAGAUGCAGUUGCAGCAAGAACUUGAGUUGCUGAAUGCUUACCAGAGUAAAAUAAAAAUGCAAACGGAUGCACAGCAUGAGCGAGAGCGCAAGGACCUGGAACAGAGAGUAUCAUUACGUCGAGCACUGCUCGAACAAAAGAUUGAAGAGGAAAUGUUAUCAUUACAGAAUGAGCGCUCAGAACGGAUACGUAGUCUUCUGGAGCGGCAGGCACGGGAAAUUGAAGCUUUUGAUUCUGAGAGCAUGCGUCUGGGCUUCAGUAAUAUGGUGCUGUCUAACUUGUCCCCUGAAGCCUUCAGCCAUAGUUUCCCAGGGGCCACAAGUAGUUGGUCUCACCACCACCACCCGGCCAGCACCCAGGGGCCACCCUGGAGCGGGAGUGGUCACCAUCACCACCCCAUGCAGGGUCAAGGAGGAACGCCCCAGGCCUGGGGACACUCUGUGCAGGGUGGAGGCCCCCAGCCCUGGGGUCACUCUUCUUCAGGGCCCCUAGGGGCUGUACCAAGGGCAGGGAGUGGUAUGGGGGUGCGGAAUAGUCCCCAAGCACUAAGGCGAACUGCCUCUGGGGGGCGCACAGAACAGGGCAUGAGCAGGAGCACAAGCAUCACCUCACAAAUAUCCAAUGGAUCACACCUGUCCUACACGUAAAAUCAUUUCCUAGGUAAAAUGCCAGCAGCCAUCAUUGGAGCUUGGAGUAAGGGGAGAUGAUGUGUAGGGUGGAAAAGGAGCUGGGAAUGGGGCUGCCAUCUUUUUUGAGUAUUUGCUUAGUUUGCACGCAUUUCUAUCUUUAAACUAAUAAGCAUAGCACACUACUCCCAUACUGUAAUAUUAACUUAAAAAUGUUACUUUUCUACAUUUCAUAAAUUACUCCCUUUUCACUAAUAAAAACUCGCAACCUUAACAUGGCUGGUUGAUUUUAAGUGGGAAGGAAAGGGCAGAUAGAUGGCAAAGAACCCAUGUGUACAUACCUCACUACUGUAAUUUAAAGAUAGUAAAUAUUUUUAAUUAUUUUUUUUAGUGCCCUGUGACAUUUUACACAUGCAUUUUACUUACAUAGGUAUUUAAGCACUUUACCCCAUUUUGGCAUCAGAAUAAAGUUGAAUUUCUAAUAAGUUUAAAAACAGUACGUUUUCACAUAGUGGCAUAAACUCUUUGUGAAUUUCUAUUAUGUUCUGUGACAGAUUAAUGAAAUCAAUAAUAUUUUUCAGUGUCAAUAAUUGCACAGUAUUGCAUUAUUAAUAAUUGUAACACAUUCGUGCCAAAACAGUUAUUUCAGAUAGCAGAACAUAAUUUAAUGCAGUGUUUGCAGCAUUUUUGAGUUUAAACUUGCAGUACUGGAAAAAAAGACAAUUAAACUUAGUUGUUUGGUAUUCUUUUGUCAUGUUGGUAUAUUUAUAUCUGUUUGAGGCAUUAUGCAGGUGGCACAAAGGUGUAUGGUUAUGCGAUUACUAUCCUUCGAGUAAUAAAGUAUAAGUUUUGUUUUCAAAUGGAGAUGUUUUUCUAAAAUCAGUUUGCAUAUGGAAGAAUGGUUGUUUAUUUAGUUUUAAGUCAAAAGCCUGUAUUGAUUUAUUACCAUUAACAUAGAAAACUUGAAUGCCCUUUAUUCUUUAUUUGAAAUUUUUAAGUUCCUGUUUAUUAAAUAAGGGUUUGCUGUUUAUACCUAUAAAGAAAGUGAGCAUUAUGAAUGUUAGAUAAUAAACAGUUGCAUGCCAUUAUUUAGUGUAAUUUCUUUCCAUCAGAUCACAUUUUUCCUUAGAAAAUUUUUAUUGUGGCUGAUAAUUGUGCAGAAAGGCUUUUUAAAUACUGUACCUUAUCACAGUCUUCUGACAUUUUUCAGAAACAUUGUGCCCUUUAUUAUUGAUGUUAUCACUGAUAACAUUUUAACUGCUGCAACAUCCAUGGUUUUUGAACAAACUUAGAGGCUUAAUAAUAAUUUCAUGAUUGUCUAGUCAGAAUACUUUAAGUGACUGAUACACUGUUAUUUUAAUGUAUAUUAAUAUUACCAGUAGUCGGGUUGGAUUAGGAUGCUAGCUUUAUUGUAUUUACAAGAGGUCAUUGGGGAACCACUCCCUUAACAAUAUUGUACUUAAAUUUAUUUUCCCAAAACCUUCAUUAUUUUUUUGAAAGGAGAUGGUUCUUGAAAAAAUAUUCACUAUACAUUAGGAAAUGAAGAAGUUACUAUUUUUGUUGCAUUUUACUUAUAGUCCCACAAACACAUAAAAUGUAAUGUAAAGAGGGGCAUUCAUUUUUAACCCCUUUCUAAGUAAAUAAAUAUUUUUUAUGUAGGAGUUUGUCUUUAUAACUAUAAAGACAUUGUUCUUUUCACUUCAGAUAUAGUUCCAAGACUUUUUUUCUUAUCCAUCUGCCCAUAACACUUUGCAGAGUAUUGUGACAGUUUGGAAUUUUGUAAUGUUGAAAUGUAUGUCCGGUACUGUAGAAUUAUAUAAAAAUUUUAAAAGUUUGGAAUAUAUUGGAUUUCCUGGAAACAUAACGCUCAAGUAAAACAGAUGGCAGUUGCUGUUUUUAGUUAUUUAAGCUGAUGUAGGGCUAAAACAACUGCCAUACCCCAGUAGUUCUUUAGUGUCAUUGUUUAUUUAAGUUAAGCAAGUUUUCUUUUAAUAUUCCACUUAAUAUUGCACCUCGGCUGAUGACACCAGAGUUCAUUAAAUGAGACCCAUAAGAAUGUUUGUUCGUUGAUGCCCAGGGUGUUAGUCUGUAACUGAUAUUUUGAAGAGCUUAACGGAUUGGGUUAGGAUAAUGAUGCUUUGAAUGGAUGGGAAAGAAGAAGAAAGUAACUGAUUGCAUCAAGCCGGAAGUUUAGUUUUUUAGUACUGUGAUUCCAUGGGAAAUAGUAAAUUUGGCACUGGUUGUAUGUUUGGCAUAUAUAUAUAUAUAUAUAUAUAUAUAUAUAUAUAUAUAUAUAUAUAUAUAUAUAUAUAUAUAUAUACACACACCAUGUUACAAAGAAAAUCUGCAUUUUAUAAGUUUGCUACCACAAUGCAUUACCUAAAAAUGUUUAGAAUGUAUGUUUAAAUGUAUGAGUUCAGUGGUCCAAAUCAGUGCAGUAUUGCUUGUAAAUUUCAUUUUGAUAGAAGAAAAUAUAAUUUAAAAUUUUGGCUUUCCUUGUUUGUGUCAUUAGCAGUUUAAUUCAUUUUGCUGAAAUUCCCAAGGACAUGUUGUUUUUCAUUAACCAGGAAGGUCAUUGAUAAUUUUCUUUACAUUUAAUGUUUUUUCCUUAAACAUUUUCUGUUGCCUUUUGCAGACUAUCUGUAAUGAACUCUUUAACUUAAUUAGUUUUAAUGUACUCUGGUACAAACAUAUCAGAUGUGGCUGUGAAUCAUUUUUAAGUUUGUGUCUUGUCAUUGUGAUCAUAGACAUUAAAAAAGACUUUAUUUAUUAAAGUCAUUUGUAUUUAAGAAACUAAGGCCCAAAAACUUCAAAGCAAAAGUGUUUAUUACCUCAUAUUUCACCUUCUAGGAUUUUCAGUUUUGUUUUUGCUUUCCCAUAUUAAUCUCAUAAUCACUACUUGUAUGUCAUUUUUCUAACUUGUUCUUAUAAUCAGCUACUGAAUACUUUCCAUUUUAUUAAAUCCUUUUGGGUUUUACGUUACUGAGAGAAUUUUAUGUCUACUUACUCUAUAGCACUGCUUAAAAUCAAGCCUGUAUUUCCUUAAGUUUCUUUUAAUAAUUGUUUUACAGCAUGCCUUUCAUUUUUCUAGUCAUAUCUUGUAUUAAGAACAAAGAUUUGUCUCUGCAGGAUCAGUAAAUAGUGAACAGUUUACAAAACCCUCGUUCUUUUCAAUUAUAUGUGCAAAAUUCGGUAAAAGACUGUCAUACAGAAUUGUCUAUUUUUAAUGCAGGGAUUGUAAAAUUUGAUAUUAGGCAAAUUUUUACUGAAAUUAUGCUUUCUUAACUGCACAUCAAUACUUAAAUGGUAUGAGUAUUUUUUUACUGCUUUUUUAAUGUGCUGAGAUGUAUUCAGAGUGACAAUUAAGAUGUUUAAUUGUAAAUAUGUAUAAAAGACCAUAUUUCAUUUAGCUAGCCACGUCUUCAGAAUCUCCUAAAAUAUUAGUGGGUCUUGAUGGGUGCUAACUCAUGUUGGUCUUAUUUUGGCUAAUGGUAAGACAUUUUUUCUAAAUGCUUAAGGCAGUCCUUAGGAGCAGCUUAUUUAUUUUAUGGGAUCAAUCACAUAUUUUUAGCAGACAUAGUGUACCACAAUUUAUCCUUGUAUAAUUUUGGCUCCCAGAGUAGUACACCAAGCUUGUUAGAAAAUUUUGGCUGAUUGCACUUUGUUUUGUGUUUUUUCGAAAAAUAAGUUGCAGUUGAAAAUGAUCCCUUAAAGACAUUUGUAAAGGUCUGUUUUAAAGAUCUCUAUGAUGUCUGUUUUUUUUAUGUUUGAUCCUGUAGCCCUCCCAUCUGACAUUCUUAUUUUCUGUAUUUGAUUUUUCUCAGCAUUGAUAUGUUUCAUUCAAGUUGUUUCAAAGCUUAUGUCAAGAUUUUUCUCCCCCAUAUGUUUGGUAAUGAUGGUAAGUAGUUGAAACUUUCUAACAGUUCAGACCCUCCCCUUUUUAAAAAAAAAUAUAUUUUUACAAUUUUCAUUUGUACUUUUAUCUUUUUUUUUUUUUCAUACUUGCCAUUGGAUUGUCUGCUUCCCACAACAUAGUUCACAUUGGUAUAGUGGUAUACUGAGCUAUUGAAUGAUUUUCCAAUGUACUUUUUAUAUCACCAUACAUGAUUUUACAUUACAUUUUCUUUACCUCAAGUUUUUUGUAUUCUUCAUUGACAUGCUCAUUAAUUUGUUAAGCUGUAAUUAUAUGAAUAAAGUGUGUAUUUUUUUAAUCCAUAGAUAAAAUUUAAAUUUUAAUGAAUCAACAUUAAAACAAAUAUGAACUUUGCUAAUUCUUUGCAGUAGAAGUAAGCUGGUAGUUAGAAUUUGAGGGGGAAAAAGAUUAUAUAAAUGGAAGAAGGUUUGCAACAAGCGUAGUAGUACUAGCACAGGUGUCUCACGGUUGAACCAUUGAAGAAAAAUGAAAAGUGAACACUUGAUACCUGUGUAGUGAUGUGAGAUGGCAUGAAGUUCCUGAUCUUAAGCACAAUUCUUCUAAAAGUCAAUUACAGUUAACAGAUGCCUCCAACAGUUACUUAACAGUAAUAGUGAGAACUCAAAUAGCGUAUUAUCACCAGUAAAUAUUUCUCAGAGCACUGGUACUAUAAAUCAUACAGUGCUGACCAAAUUAGGCUAACAUUAAAAAAGUUACAUUUUUAAGUAGAUAUUAAAUUUGCUUAUAUGUUAUUAUUUUCCUGCUCAGCCAUGAACAAGCACUUUCUGAAAGAAAAUGUGCUACAUUUUUGGCAUUAGACAUUUAAAGGAGUAUGUACAAAAGGCUGACAGUGAAGCAAAACAAGUCUGUGGUUGUGUCAACUUGAAUUGCCAGUUUGAAAUCUUAUGCCAAAAAGGAAGGAAAAAAAACAAAAGUCUUAAAAAAUAAAAGAAGACCGCCUUUGCCAUGUAUAGGAGAUGAAGGUAACUAAAACAGAUGAAUGUGCACACCCCGUUGUCAUGCUGAUGCCAAAAAUACAGUAUAAAGUUUAAAAAUGUUUAUUUUGACGUUCAUUUUUUUAAUUAAACACAAACCUCCUUAUAACUCUUUACUUUUAACUGACUUUACUGUGUACUAUUGUAUUGUAAGUUAUUUUUUAUUUACUAAUUGUGAACAUGCUUGCAAGCUAGACAGUUGAUGGCAUACAAUGAAGCUCAUGUAUUGUCCCAGGUGUUCUUCAGUGGUGCUGCUUUUGGUGUUCCCAUUCCCAUGUUCAUUUCUCCCCAAUGCCAAAUGUUCAUUGGCACAAACUGUGACUUGAGUGUGCUGUUGGGUUUGCCAGAUGUGUUGCUGUGCCCCUGCUGUGCUCCUGCUAAUUUCUGGCAAAAUAUAUGUAUGUAUAAUGUAUCCUGAAUGCCACAUGUGCACAGAUAAAGAGGAACAUGCAAUUAAAUAUAUAAAAAAGAAAGUUUUGAUGAAUCUUGGGAUAUUUGGGGUGGGUGUAUAGGAAAUGUUUAUAUUGUACAUUUAGAAAUAAAAUAAAUAAUUAAAAUCCAAAUAACUGCUUGUAUUGUGAAGAAAUUAAACAAAAAUACUUUGGUUUCUAACAUUAAUAUUGAAAAGCAUAAUUAUUCUAUAACAUGUAGUCAGUUGCUGGGUUAGGGAAGGAUGUGUGGAGUUGUGCAAUGACAAAAUCAGCCCAAGACGUGCUUGUUAGCAGCUCAUGGUGCAAAUUUUCUACAUCAUUACGUUUUUUGUUUCACAGUUGUUCACUUGCACCAUGCUUUCAUUUUUCACAUUUAUUGUUCUGGUUAUGUCAUUUUAGUUUUCAUGCCUUCAGUGCUCCCUUUUUUAUGUAUUUUACUUGUUUUUCGCCAAUGUUCAGUAUAAAUACUGUACACCAAAGUCAAAGACUAUUUUGCCAGUAUGUGACCCAGAAGAGAAAAAUGUAAAAACUGCCUCUUAAUGUGAUUUUGGUGUAUUUUAUUUCAUUUGUAUAAAGGGGAGAAGCAUUCGUCUUGAAAUGUCAAAAGUUGAAGAUGUUAAAAAAAAAAAAUGUACAUUUCUCAAGUGGUGGCCUGAUACCCAUCAGAAUUGUUUGCCAAAAAGGUGGAUGUUUAUCAUCAUCAACAUUUAGGUACACACUCCUGAAAUUCAGCCUGAUUCUGUACAUGAAUUGACCAUUAAACCUUGGUAAAUAAUGGAUAGCUGUUGAUAUAAAUGUCAAAUUUAUCAAACACAGCAGUGAAGGAUAUCUCAUGUAGAUGGUAUCAAUCAAUAUUUUUUAUAGCACCUGUCCAUGCAAGCACUUUGACAUGUUCCUUCCAUUUCUUUUAUGUACAAUUUAUUUUUGAGAGGUGGAUCUCAUUUGUUUAUUUAGGACUUGGCUUGUAAUAUUAAAUUAGGACACAAACAUCAGGCGAACAUCGACGUCAUUAUUAGGUAAUACACUAUUAAAUAACAACACCCUGAUAAGUAAAUCUAAUGACGUUGUGCAAAUUGAUGUGGAAUUUUCAUCCCUACCUUGCAAUUGGAGCAUGGUAAAUAUAUAAUAUAUAUAACAUUUCAAAAUAAACUGAACUAGAGAAACAUUAUAAAUUUCCAUUGGUAAGCAUGACUUGAUCUCUGCCAGUUUUUGAUGCCUUGGGUACUUCAUUCGUUUGGCUAAAUUAACACCCUUGAAUCUUCUGAAGCUGCCAAAUUGUAGUACAUAGCCCCUUUUCCUUAAAGAUGAGUAAAAUAUGUGCAUUUUUCAGGUGGCGAUUGGCACCUGCUUGCUGCCCUCAGAGGACCGGUUAUUUAUUUUUAAUCUUAGCUUAUCUUACUAACCUUAUUGACUAGAACAGUUGUCAGUUCUGAACCUGGCAGUUUCCACUAUAAUGAACAAUACACCAGUCUCUUGGGGAGUGAAUACCUACAUAUGAAAUACAUCAAGUUAAAUGUACUAGUUAUACAUUUUGGCAUUUUGCCUGUUAAAUGAUAUAAAACAAGUAAAAGUCUUAGUGGUUGUUUUUUGUUUUAUGCCAUUUGAUACUUUAUUUGUAAAUAGUGACAGGUUUGGUGGCCAGGUCCUAAGUAAUUUUCCUUUUAUUAUCAUUUUGCACAUGCCACUUCUCUCCACGUACUCCUGGACCUGUAUGGCUUUGGGUGCAGCAGCAGAUGUAUAUUUAUUGGCAUGCUUCCAUCCUUGAGCUUUCACUGCCUGGCACACCUGCUGCUCUUAUCGUAAGUACUUAGUGCCAUGAUAGGUUAAAGUACAGAUUUUUUUUGAUUUUUUUUUUAUAGAACAAUGCCACGUUUUUUAACCACUGUUAAUUGACAUAUGAGAAUGUGGUGAUUCAAAGAACCAAUGUCGAUUAUCGGCUUUCUCCUUACGAUGCUUAGCACUUGAAUUUCUGAAUGGCCAAGAGACCCCCUUUUUUGCUAUCUGCAUCAACAACCUCCACCCCUCCCAGUGAAAUCUCCAGCUGAUCCAAGAAUUGUCUCUAUAUAGUACAUAUGUCAGUAUUCUGAGAUUCUCCUGGUUUAAAACACAUUGCAAUCCAUAUAUAACAUGUAUUAAUUGUAUAGAUUGUGAAGAUGUAACUGAGUGUCAGGAUGAAAAAAAAAACCUUUAGGGUCAUAUGUAAUAUUUUGUUUGUAAUUAUCCUUUGUAUCAUUUACGAAGGGAUAUUG